UUACCAUCGGUGUCUAUAAAGUUCGUUCAAAACAGGAAACGGAAACACAAGAGUAUGCUAGCAUUAAUCCAUUAAGCAGAGAAAACUAGCAUUUUCAUGCCAUCAGUGCUCUUUGAUUAAGGAGUUGGUUACAUUUAAUUCUUUAAUCUCAAGCUGUCGGCCAGCCAGAAGGACUGAGUGAUUAUGGCUGACCCUGCACGGAUCAAGCCUGAGAGUACACCAGAGAGAACAACUUCUGCUAACGAGGAACAUCCUAAAUCAGAGGACACUGAAGAUUUACCAUCCACAGCAAAACCUACAGAUGAAAACAAAGAGUCAUCCUCGCAAGAUCAGCCCAAUCAGGAGGUUAAGUCUGAAAUGGCAGCUGGGGAUGAUGAGGAAGAAGGGACUUCUGGCCAACCUCCUUCCAAAAGACUUAAGGUGGAACCAGAGAAGAAAAAGGAGAAGCGCCACAAGGUCGAUGAGGAUGAAAUACAAAAGAUGCAGGUUUUGGUGUCAUCCUUUUCUGAAGAGCAGCUGAAUCGCUAUGAGAUGUACAGACGUUCAGCCUUCCCUAAGGCUGCUAUUAAGAGGCUGAUCCAGUCCAUAACAGGAUCAUCAGUGUCCCAGAAUGUGGUGAUUGCCAUGUCUGGUAUUUCCAAGGUUUUUGCUGGGGAAAUUGUCGAGGAAGCAUUGGACGUUUGUGAGAAAUGGGGAGAUACACCACCGCUUCAGCCCAAGCAUAUGAGGGAAGCAGUGCGGAGAUUGAAGAGCCGAGAUCAGAUUCCCAACUCCAAGUACAAGCAAAUCCUCUUUCAUUGAGACUCCUGUGCUUUAGGUUGUAAGGGGAUCGUGGGCUGAUGUCUGCGAUUUAAAAAAGUGGAGCCACAACCUUUGGAAAACGUGUCAUGAAGCCUCUGUGGGCCGUACUGCACGUACUAGACAUGGAUUAUUCACUGCUAACCAAACGGUCAAUAUCAGUGACUGUAGUAUUGAUUUAAUGGUCAAUACUGUGGCCUGCCAUUCACCUCUAAUUGUCAUGGUAAAUGGUUGAUGCAACAUACAGUUCAAAUGACGUGAAAUGAUAUUCAUGUAUGGUUGUAAAUACAGUAUGCUUUAUUAUACUUAUGAAAUGUUUUGUUCUUGUUAUUUUAAAGGAGAAAUGCUUUUUUGGUGGGAAAAUUGUGUGAUGCCUUUAAGUUCAAAUGCUUGUUUGGAUCAUAGACUGUAUAUAAAAAGGUUUGGAUCCUUUCUCAAAUUAUAAAAUUGUAAUUGUAGAGUAGUUGAGUGCAUAACAGUCACUCCAUAUCUUGUUUGUUGUUUUUAUAAGGUUGAUUUGGGAAUAACCAGGGUAUAAUGAUACGGUGGAUUAUUCCUAGAUUAUUAGGAAAAGUGUUUUGGGAAAAAUGUGACUCAUCAUUCAGGUCAUCUUUGAAUUGAUUUAGUUUGACUCAAAACUAAAAUAAAAAGAUGUUUCAAGUUUUA